AUGCACGCUAUUGACUACCUUAUACUGAGAUGCCGACAUGUAUUGCGGACUUCUUUAAAGCGAAGCCUCAUUACGAUCGCUCUCGUCCUUGCAUUUACAAUUUUCAUGCUCAUACCUCGGUCAAGAGAGCAAGCUAUAGUAGUCCAUGCUUCAAGUAGAAAGAAUGCCUUUUUUCUAGGCUCGGGCGCCGCUGAUGAUGGGAAUGGUCUCGGUCAGCUUGUCUUGGCAACUUCACACGAGUCACCAUCCAUACCUUACGAUCCAUAUCCCGAAUAUAACAGUGUUGUAUGGAAAAACAGGUGGAGAGGAACUUAUCAGCAAUGUGUUGGCGCGAAUGGUUCAGUCCUGGAUCGUAGGAACGCGGAAACAGCGAUGAAAGGAUUUCGUUGGAAUCAGUCAGAUUUCCCAGCGCCGAUAUUUGGAUCGUACGAGGCGUGGAACCUCAAUCGAAGUAUUUGCGCCGACCGGAAUUCUCGAUAUGCGGCGUAUGGCUAUACAGAGACAGGCGACAAAGGGCAGUGGCAGGAUGUGAAUUGGGCCACUUUGCAGCAAGACUGCUUGCAGCGCAAUGCAGACCGGUAUCAACCUUCGGAUGUUCGCGAAAAGACAUCGACUUUGCACAGAAACCAAGACAAACGAAGAGAUGAACAUCAUUGGAGAGAGAAGACCGAGACAGAUCGAAACAAUACCUCUGCUAGCUUCAAAACACGGACAGCGGUAAUUCUGCGCACAUGGCUCGACAUGGAAUACACGGAAGAUGCUCUUUAUUACAUCCGGUCGAUUAUAAUGGAACUAUCGCUCUUAUCCGGCGCAGAGUAUGAGGUAAUCCUCUUGGUUGACGCCAAAGAUACCGAACUGCCUCAUCCAACGGACAAGGCGGGCUUGGACAAUCUGAAAAAGUCUCUUCCGCCGGAGCUCCAGGAUCUGGCGGUGUUCUUCAAUGCGGAGAUACUAAAGGACUGGUACCCGAAGAUUGAUGUUCACGAAGCCAUACUUCAAUAUUUCCAGCCGAUGCAGAUUUUCUCGUUAUUGAAUCCACAAUACGAUUUUUUCUGGCAGUUUGAAAUGGAUUCACGUUAUACGGGACAUUUCUAUAACUUCCUCCAACAAGCAACAGAAUUUGCAAAACAACAGCCUCGCAAGAACCUAUGGGAGCGCAACUCUUACUUCUACAUCCCCGCCGUCCACGGCAGCUGGGAUAAUUUCACCGAUCAGGUAGAUCAGAGCAUGACCGGCGUUAAUAGCAUCUGGGGACCACAUCCAGCAAAGGGUAUCGAGGUCGGGGAUGAAGCACCAGAGCCACUGCGCGCAGACCUGGAUGAUGAUGCUUGGAGCUGGGGCGUGGGUGAGGAAGCCGACGUGAUCACCUGGUUGCCUCAAUUUGACCCUCAGCACACCAAAUGGCCCUUUGCUGACCGGGUGUUUAAUUUUCGCCAGAAGGGACGUACUCCGCGCCGGGCAUCCGUUGUCGCAAUGUCCCGUGUCUCAGCACGAUUACUCCGGCUUAUGCAUAAGGACAAGACUGAGCAAGGUGUUGGGCUGGCAUCUGAAAUGUCUCCCGCAUCCUGGGCUCUUUAUUAUGGGCUGAAAGCAGUUCAGGUUCCUCAGCCCAUUUACCAUGCGCACGAAACAAAUCCUGUUGAGCUCAAUCUCCGAGCUAAUGCCGGAAAGCCUGGUAAAAUUAGCGCUGGGCGGAAUAGUAUCUGGAACUGGAAUCAGCACAAUGAUAUUGUCAUGAAAAUGUCUUAUAUGUUUGGGUCGGAACUUCCCGAGAGGAUUUAUCGAGCCUGGUUAGGUUAUGACGGUGAAGAGGAAGUGAGUUGCGACGCUGGUGCAUUGGCUUUACCCGUUGAUAUUUGCUGA